GGUUAAAGUAUUUAAAAAACAAACUCUGUCUGUAAUUAUGUGUGUUAUAGCAUUUCUUGUGGGUUGUUAUGUAGGUUUCUAUGAUUAAUUAUGAAAAAGGCACUAACAUCUCUCUUGAAAGUUUAUAGUAGAUGGUUUCACUGACUAGUUCAUAACGAUAUUUAAUCCCAUUUUAGUAUCAUAAUCCAACCGCACUGAUCCACCACCGUGUUGGCAACUAUUAUAAUCGUCUGCAUAUUGGUCUGUCCCGCUUGUUUUAUAAGAAUUUUCAUGCGCUUACGUGUAAGACAUGCUUUGUCUACAUCACUGUCCUUUUGGAGAUUUUUUUUGCCUACUAUAUAUACUAUUAUCGAGCCAUAUGUUCCACCUGAUGGUGAUGGUCAAACGUCAUUACUCUCAUCAAAGAAAUUCUUAGAGUUAAAGGAUGGUUUACUUGAUAAAGGCAGGAACUAUAGAGAUACGAUGUUAAUAAAAUCUCAUGAGCCUUCAUUCAAGCCUAAAACGUUUGCCAUGGAAGCUGAAAGUAUCUAUAUUGAAGCUCAUGAUUUAUUACAAAAUUAUCGUCAGAAUGAAUCUCGGUUAUUUGAAUUGGUUACAGAGAAAGCGUUACUGGACAUGACUGCAGACUUGAAAUUGCGAACUCUACAAUGGAAGUUUAUGGGUAAUAUUGAACCUCCAAGAGUUGUUCAUAUACGCUGCAAAGAAGUCAUGGCUAAAGAUAAUCACUAUGCUCAAGUCACGGUUCGCUUUUACACUCAACAGAUUUUAGCAAUUUAUAGCCGAUUUGGACGUUUAUUAUACGGUAACCCGGAUGUUGCAGUUGAUGUCCUCGAAUAUGCAGUAUUUGAGAAGCAUAUUUCUGAUGAAUACGGUAUAUGGAGAUUACAUGGUAAAAUUCAGCCGCCAAAUUCGACAUCGCAUUAUACUUAUAUACCUACUCAACGAUUGGUUCCAAUUGAUUCAUCAUCAACAUCGAAGUCAAAUAAUUUGCUCCUAGAAAAUAAUAAUAAUAAUAGUUCCAAUGACUCACCUUCAGAUACUGUUUCCAGCAAAGAAACUUUGAACUGACUAUAAUUUUGUACAUAAAUAAAAACCUAAUGAAGAA